GAGGAUUGAGCUUCUAUGUCUUUGUCUUCUACAGCUAUCCGUUGCUACACUUGUCUUUCUUCAUGUCUCUCUAAUCUUUACAAGAUAGAUAUCUGGCUGUAUAUCAACAACCUCUCACACCAGCUUUUACCUUCACCCUCACAGUUAUCUUCAGUUUCUGGGAAUUUAGACACCAAAUCUGUCAUGAGAAGAACAGGAGAAGAGACAGUGGCAUGGAGGUACUUUCACAAAGAUGUUGUGCCUUUUGCUGCAAUGUUUGCUGUUGAGUGUUCCACUGUUGGGUCGAACACACUGUACAAGGCUGCAUCGUUAAGAGGAUUGAACUUCUAUGUCUUUAUCUUUUACUCUUACGCUGCUUCAACACUUGUGCUUCUUCCACUUGCCCUCAUCUUUGGAAGAUCUAAAAAAUUACCUUCAGCCAAGUCUCCUCUCUUCUUCAAGAUGUUUUUACUUGGGCUUUUCGGGUGCAUGGCGCAGAUGGUUGGGUUUAAAGGUGUAGAACAAAGUUCUCCUACUCUUUCCUCUGCUAUGAGCAAUCUCACGCCAGCUUUCACGUUCACCCUUGCAGUUAUCUUCAGGAUGGAACAAGUUGUGUUAAGGAGCUCUGCGACUCAGGCUAAAAUCAUCGGUGGAGUACUGUCUAUAUCUGGUGCUCUGGUUGUUGUGCUGUAUAAAGGCCCAAAAGUUCUAUCUGCUGCAAUUUUCACACCUUCAUUAUCUCCAACUAAUUCGCUUCACCAGCAGUUGACUUCAUCCGAGUCAAGUUGGAUAGUCGGUGGCCUUUUGCUUGCGUCACAGUUCUUUUUAGUUUCAGUCUGGUAUAUUGUUCAGACUCUGAUCAUGGAGGUAUACCCUGAAGAAAUAACAGUAGUCUUCUUCUACUACUUAUUUGCAACACUAAUCUCAGCACCUAUAUGUUUAUUGGCUGAAAGGAACUUGACUUCUUGGGUGAUAAAACCAGAUAUUACCCUCGUUGCAAUCAUAUACUCAGGAGUCUUUGCUUCAUUAUUCAGUGUGAUAACCCACACAUGGGGUCUGCAUCUGAAGGGUCCUGUCUAUGUAUCCUUGUUUAGGCCACUGUCUAUUGCAAUUGCAGUUGCCAUGGGUGCUAUAUUUCUCAGUGAUGCACUUCACCUCGGGAGGUUUUGCAUGUAUGUGUUGUGGGCAGUGUCAUUGGAUCAGUGAUAUUGUGUUUUGGAUUCUACACUGUGAUUUGGGGCAAAUCAAGAGAGGAUUCAACCAAAACUCUAGCUGGUUCUGAGCAUUGUUCACCCUUGCUGCUUACACACGUCGUAGAAGAUGAAGGCUUGUCAUUAAGAUAAGAUUGAUGCAAGUGAAUGAUAAUACGCGUACACUAUUAAUUUGUAAAUGCGGGUGGAGGGUGAUAACUUUGGAAUUAUUGCGUUAUGCUGGUCUCAGAAACAUUUUUUCACAAUACAAAGUUACCCAAACAAAUGAGUA